AGGAAGAGGAUGAAGUAUCAUCUUCAUCUUCUAUCAUCAGAUCUCCACUGUGAUUGAAGUGUGUGUAGCGGAUGGAUCUCCGCCUCUUUGGUCGCACAGGCUCAGGUACAGGUUUUUGAGUGAGGAACAGGCUGUCUCCUGAAUCACUGCUCAGACAACAAAAGUGUGUUAAUGUACCUGCUCAGUCAGGAGAGGAGAAGCUGCUUCAUCUCGUUUUUAUGAACAGUUACCUGUUAGCUUCAUUUGGGGCAUCACUUCGUCCAUUCCGUUUCCCUGAAGACUCCAGAUAUUUCGAAAUUUCUUUGACAUAAGCAGGAGGAGAUGAGACGAGCACCACAUGGCAGGAUUGUCCAGAAAGAACACCGGCGAGAACAUCGGACUCCGUUUGUGCACUUUCGUCACACCAGCAGGCGUCAUGGCAGAUAUGUCCCAAACUGAGAAGGUUCAGCUUCAUGCCCCGGAUUUAGAGGAGCUACGGGGCGUAUUGCAGGCAGGACUGGAGAGCAACUUUGCAGAGGUCCGGGUGAGUGUUGCGGAGUGUCCAGAUCUGAGCAAGGAGCCCUUCCAGUUUCCUGUGAAAGGUCUUUGUGGAAGUCCUCGCAUCACUGAUGUGGGAGGUGUGCCAUACCUGGUUCCUCUGGUUCAAAAGGACAAGGAAUACGACAUGAACACGAUUUCAAAGAAGGUGGAGCUGCCUGGAGCUUUCCUCCUUGGAGCGGGAGCUGCUCCCUGUAGAAUUAUUGGAAUGAACGCAGAGCUGAUGCCUUUGGUUCUGACUGAGGCUGAGGGCAGGCCUGCAGUGAACAGCAGCUACUUUUCCUCCAUCAACCCAGCUGAUGGCCAGUGUCUCCUGGAGAAGUACAGCCAGAAAUUCUCCGACUGUAACUUUGGACUGCUGGGAAAUCUCUAUGCUUGUGAAGGGAAGCCUGGAAAGGUCAUAGAGGUUCAGGCAAAGAAAAGAACUGGGAGCCACAGUCUGGUGACAGCCCUGAGGAAGACUCUUGAAGCACACUAUCCUGAUAAAAGCCUCGCUCUGGGAGGCACCUUCAUCAUCAAGAAAGGGAAGGCCAAAAUCCACAUCAUGCCGAGAGAGUUCUCGGCCUGCCCCCUCAACACCAAUGAUGACGUCAACAAGUGGCUAAAGCACUUCGAGGUCAACGCCCCGCUCAUCUGCCAGUCGGUGCUCGUGUCCAGAGACCCUGGCUUGGAUCUGCGCGUGGAGCACACCCACUGCUUCAGCCACCACGGAGAAGGAGGCCACUACUAUAUAGACACAACUCCUGACAGUGUGGAGUAUUUGGGUUACUUCCUGCCUGCUGAGUUUGUGUAUCGCAUUGACAGACCCACACAGACGCACACAGUUGGGCGAGACUGAAUAAAACCUAAAGUCAUGUUACUUUUUAACCUUCUGUGGUAAAUAACAAUAGGAUUCAUUAAAGUCACUUCAAUCCAGGG